GGACGGCCAAGGCGCACGUCCAGCGGCUCGGCCGCGGUGCGCGGACCUGCAGGACGGAAGUCCGGCUGCAGAGCGCUCGCUCCGUCUCCUCACGCGGCACCACAAACGUCCUAGCGGAGCCGCGGGACUGAAGCGGGACUCGAGCGGGCUAAGCGGCCGGAUCCGGCAGUCCAGCCGAGUUCGGGCCCAGUUGUGCUGAACACCGGGCCGAGCAGGGCCGCUUCCUGCCUACGGGGCCGAGGCCCGGGCGGCGACAGCAACUGGGGUUGCGACCCGGGUAGCGGUGGGCUUAGUGCGGAGGGGCGGCGACGGCCUGGCGCGGCGGUGUGGACACCAGGCCCGGAGCCCGGAGAGACCGGCGACCCCGCGACCCGGUGACCCGGUGACCCGGUGACCCUGGCGCCAAGUCUGCGAGAAAGAGGCCGGAUUCUCAUCAUGGGGCACUGUCGCCUCUGCCACGGAAAGUUCUCCUCCCGGAGUCUCCGCAGCAUCUCUGGUAGGGCACCUGGGGAGAACACAGAGAGACCACCCUCAGGGGAGCGGGUUUUUAUCCGAGACUUCCAGCGCCUGCUGGGGGUGGCCAUCCACCAGGACCCGGCUCUGUCUUCAUUUGUCUGCAAGAAUUGCCACACCCAGUUCUACCAGUGCCAUGGCCUUCUCCAGUCCUUCCUGCAGAAGGUCAACGUGCCCCCAUCUGGCCCCCGGAAGCCUUGCACCAAGACCUGCACGCAGCCCUUGACUGGAUCGGAGGAAGGAGCAUGUAUGGUGGACCUGAUGAGCCCAAGCACCCGGGGCCUGUGUGGCUUAGUGGGAUGGGUGCAUGGACACGCAACCAGCUGUGGGACCCUGCCUAGUCUCCAGCGCACACUCUCCUCCGAGUACUGUGGCAUCCUUCAGGCUGUGUGGGGCUGUGACCAGGGCCACCACUACACCAUGGACACUGAUGCCAACCGUGGAGCCUUCUUGUUGGAUAAUGCAGUGGCAGUCAAGUGGGCAUGGGACAAGGAGAGAGUCCCUGGACUCACCCAGCAGCAGGGGUCCAGCCCUACUUGUACUGCUUCUCAGAGCCCCCCAAGCAGAGCAGCUGAGGCCUCAACCAAGAUCAACAUGCAGCCCAGCACUGACACUGGUCAGUCGCCCUCAGAUGGCAGCCCUCUGGGGCCUGGGCCAGGGCCCCUACCUCAGCUGGACGUCCCCCCAACUGGGGUCUCAGGGCAGUUGGGUGAGAACCAGGUUCCGUCUUCAACCUCGGAUGAUCGGGUAAAAGACGAGUUCAGUGACCUUUCUGAGGGAGAAUUCCUGAGUGAAGAUGAAAAUGACAAGAAGCAGAACACCCCAUCCUCAGAUGAGUCCUUUGAACCUUACCCAGAAAAGAGGGUCUCUGGUAAGAAGAAUGAAAACAAAGAAGCCAAGAAGACCGAAGAACCAAAAAUCCGGAAGAAACCCGGACCCAAGCCGGGUUGGAAGAGCAAACUCCAUUGUGAGAGGGAGGAGCUGCCCACCAUCUAUAAGUGCCCCUAUCAGGGCUGCACGGCUGUGUACCGAGGGGCUGAUGGCAUGAAGAAGCACAUAAAGGAGCACCACGAGGAGGUCCGAGAGAGGCCCUGCCCCCACCCUGGAUGCAACAAGGUGUUCAUGAUUGACCGCUACCUGCAGCGUCAUGUGAAACUCAUCCACACAGAGGUACGGAAUUAUAUCUGUGAUGAGUGUGGACAGACCUUUAAACAGCGCAAGCACCUUCUCGUGCACCAGAUGCGCCACUCAGGAGCCAAGCCUCUGCAGUGUGAAGUCUGUGGCUUCCAGUGCCGGCAGCGGGCCUCCCUCAAGUAUCACAUGACCAAACACAAGGCUGAGACAGAGCUGGAUUUUGCCUGUGACCAAUGUGGUCGCAGGUUUGAAAAGGCCCACAACCUCAACGUGCACAUGUCUAUGGUCCACCCACUGACACAGACUCAGGACAGGAUCCUACCUUUGGAGCCACCCCCUGGAGUGACAGAAGGCCAGGCCAUGAAACCUGAGCCCACCUGAGUGCAUGACAUGCUUGGACUCACCAGGUGGUAAUGAGAUUAGAGGAUUGUACCUGUUCUCCACACCUGACAGCACAGUUUAGUGUCCCUGCACUGUCCCCACUGUGUCCUGGGAGAGGUGGUGGCUGGGUCUAUACCUCAGAGUUGCCCUUCUGGCCUCCUUUCUUGAGACCAACAGUCUGUUUUCCUACACACAGUGACUUAAGCCCGAUUUUAAGCCAUUGAUUCUUCCCUCUCCCACUAAGGAGAUCAGUUAAGGAGACCUGUAGUCACUUUCCAGAGCAACAAGAACUCCAUUUUGUGCUUAUAAUCAGUUUGUCUACAGAGGAUUAGACUGCCAAGGGUCCAUUCAGAAGAGACGAGGCUCCCAGUCAAGGUCAGUGUCAGCCUGGACCUGCUGCCUGUGCUGUAGGGCUGCUUUCACUUCGGGGUCACAGUCAGCAUUAGCGGCCAGCAGCUGUAAGAAAACACACCUGUGUUCAGAACAUAGAACCUAGGUGAGUCAUGCAGACCCCACGUCCUGGGGGAAGCUGUGACCAUAGCAAAUGUCUAGUGUCAGAUGGAAUUUCCAUGUGCCACAGGGCUGAGCAUGGUGUUACCUCUUCCAUGUUUGAGAAGCUCUUUUGAGGGCACUGUGGUAUUGUGUUCAGCAGGAAAAGACGUGCUUUCAUCAUUAGGCCUACAGGGUCAUCCUAAAGAGGAUAAGUAGAGGCAUGGGUCAAGGCUGUACUGCAUGGGGCUCCAGCCUGCAUCUGUCCCCUCUGCCUAGAGGAACUGUGAGAAUCCUCACCUGGUUCUGACUCUUCCCAACUACGACUGACACUGCACCAGUCUCCCCAGCCACGAAGAGGCAGGUCAGCUUCAAAUACAUGUCAACAGCAACAUGUAGGAAGGUGCUUUCCCUGACGAGGAUGUCGUGGUUAAAGUAGGGUAGGAGGCUGAAGGUAAAGAUGGAAGAUGUCAGUAUCUUACCUGGUGAAUCUAGGCAUCUAGGGCUCUGUACAUCACAUGAGUUACCUAUAGAAUGCAAAAGGCAGAAGCCUGAUAUACUGAUCAGGCACCAGGCGGAGCAGGAUGCGUCCCAGGCCACCAUCUGCAAUACCAGAAGGGGGCUCCAUCAGUCCUGUGAAUGUAUCCCCCUCCUCAAGUCAGUGUCUGCAGGGGCUGCUGAGGCUUCUAGCAAAAGCCUUGAUGUGUUGUUGGGGGUAGGAAGAGGAAGGGAGGCCCUAUCAUAACCCCCUUAAUGCUGUUGUUGCAGUUCACUAGAAUGAGGCUUAUCAAGGUGAUAUUUAUAAAGUGAGCCCCAGGGACGC